AUGGCGCACCAAGUUUGCAAAAGCGAUAUUCUCAUCUCCAUCCAUCCCCAGCACGUUGCCAACAUUGUGAGCCGCGUCAAGAACCACGAAUUUCGGAACUACCUUCUCCCAGCCGAAGUGAGGCGGCUCUGGAUCUACGAGACAAGCCCUGCGUCGUCCGUCAAGUACGUCGCCACCAUCAGCGCUGGCAAGCGACCGGGCGAGAUCCAGGACCCCACCGGCCUUCGAAACGAUGAGUUUGAUGAGGGCCGACGGGAACACCUUGUCAAGUACGCCUACGAGAUUCACAGGCUAGAAGCCCUCGCAACUCCGAUUUCCUUGCGCGACCUAAAGCGGAACGGCUGGCUGAAAGGACCACCGCAGAAGUACUGCUACGUUAAGCAGUCCAUGCGCCAUGCAUUGAGUGUCACACCCCUAACCCUGGUAUUCGACUCUACC